AAAAAAGGUACACCCCCAGCUUGACCGACCUGACGCCGACUCUACACACUUCCUUUACUCCGUCUCACACGCCCGCGUCGUCACUCGCUGGUCCGCCAACACCCCCGAGCGCUUCUACCAUGUCUAGAGGCGGCCGAGGAGGCGGCCGAGGAGGCGCAAGAGGGCCCGGCCGCCCCAACGUACCCUGGGACACGGGCGACGAGCCCGACGCCCGUCCCUCGGAGCUGUUUCCCCCCUACGCAGCCCCGACGCCGCGCGACCUGACCGCCACGGAAAAGAACGGCGUCCAAUACUUCCUCCUCCUGCGGCACCAGCUGCACUCGUCGCCGCUCUACACCUCGAAGCGCGCCUCGCUCCACGAUCCGACCGCCCCCCGCAAGCUGUACGGCCAGGCCCAGACAAACGCCCACUACGGCGUCAAGAACAAGGCCUCCCUCGACGCCUUUACCGCCGUCCCCACCUACUCCCAAAAGUUCGUCCGCGAGGGCCGCGCCCUGCCCGACUGGUCUUCGCGACCCGUCUGCCGCGAGCUCUUCCCCGCCGAGCUGCUCGACACGGUCGAGCCCGAGGACGACAUCGGCGUGCGCAAGAGGCGCAAGCUCGAGCUGAGCAAGGUCAGCGCCCUGCCCAACGCCGAGGAGGCCUUUGGCAUGCCCGCCAUCGACGGCGACCUCGACGACGCCGGAGUCGCCGCUGCAGGCGGCCGGAGCCUGCUCGAGAAGCUUGAUGCUAUGCGCGACGACGAGGCCGACGACGGCGCCGACCUCGAGGAGGAUGAAGGCGUCGAAGAGGAGGAGGAAGACGAGGCCUACGAUGACGAGGAUGCCGGCGACUACGACGCCGAGAAUUACUUUGAUAAUGGCGACGAAAUGGGCGACGACUACGGGGACGACGAUGGGGGCGAGGGGACGUACUAAGCGACAAGUGGCGCGGAGAGGGUUGGAAACCCCUAUGGCGGUCGAUAUGAAGAAGUAUUUGAGCGGCGGGGACACAGCGCCGUGGCACAUUGGGAUGCAUGAUAGCCGAGAAGGACGCCGAUACCCAUUAUUCACAGAAGCAUCACGACUGUUUGCAGGAACGGCUGGCGCAAUAGGCCAAAAAAUGAUUCUCUUGAUCACUUGUCGCCGGCCAGGCGUCGUCCCGCAUGUUUUGCCCGCCCAUCAUGCCGCCUUGCUCAAGUAGCACCCCUCUCUGAG